GGUUUUAGCAAAAGAUAGAAGAAAGAAGAAUUCACCACCAAAUCUCUUCUUCUUCCUCUACUCCAUCGUCUCCUUCCAUCUCCUCCACCGUCCCCCUUUCGCCGCCGCCGCCGUCGCCAACAAAUACAGAGCUGCCUGCGAUUCCUUCUCGAAGCUUCUGCCGCAUCGUCCAUCUCCCGAAGCUUUUCCCAGUAAAUCAUCUGACAUACCCAGCUGACCCGAACUGCUGCUUUCAAGAACAGAAAAGGGCAAAGUUUCGAAGAUGGGGAAGAUGGUGGCUCUCAGGUCUCUAUAUCGUGCAGCUUCUCGUAGAUCUUCGAUAGGCUUCGCAGCUGUUGCCGGCAACCAGCUCCUUCACCAUCAGUCAGCUCCUCGAUCCCUGUUCACUCUCUCUUCCGCCACCGCUUCUGCGGAUCGCAUCGCUUCCGGUUCUCGGUCUCCUUUGGCAAUCAAUAUUGGUAGCAAAAGAUCUUAUAGUGAGGAUGUGGCACACUUGCCCGAGAUUAAGGACCCUGAUGUCUUAUGUGCUUUCAAGGACUUGAUGGCUGCAAGUUGGGAUGAACUUGAUGCGACAGUCAUCCAUGAUGUGAAGAAUGCUCUAUCGAAGAACACUGAUGACAAAUCCGGUCAAGAGAUAUUGAAGAAUAUUUUCCGGUCAUCUGAAGCUGUCGAAGAAUUCAGUGGGAUGGUCAUGUCUCUAAAGAUGGAGCUAGAUGACAGCAUUGGGAUGAGCGGCGAGGAUGUAAAACCGCUAACAGAUGAUUACGCAAAGGCAAUCCGCAUGUUUUUUGAACGAUACUCUGCGUAUUUGGAGUCAUUUGGACCUGAUGAGGCCUAUCUGAGAAAGAAAGUAGAGAUGGAAUUGGGUUCAAAGAUGAUAUUUUUGAAGAUGAGAUGUGCUGGCCUCGGAUCAGAGUGGGGCAAGGUGACCCUGAUUGGUACUUCUGGACUUGCUGGAUCUUAUGUUGAACAAAGAGCUUAAAGUCCCGGAAUCUGUGAUCCGAUUUGGCUUAGUUGCGAAAGUUUUUCUAUCAAGUUGCUGAUCUUGGAAACCUUUUAAAGUGGAGUUCGAUUGUAGUUCAAUAAAAGCUUAGCUAUUUCAAAAUUUGCAUUGAUGUAAUGUUGUUUACGUCAUUUCAGUUCCAUUUAGCUGUAUUUCACUGGAAGCAAAGGUUUCUUCAAGCAAAUAAGGCCGGCAACUUUUUUUUUCCUUGUGUUGGUGUAUAAUAAUCCUGGUUGUUUCCUUAGCAGAUCAUCGAAAACUAUCUCAUAGAAUAUUGAUGUUUGU